UUAAGUCGUCCUAGAGUACUGAACGUGUUGGAACGGUUACAUGAUUAGACUGCACAAAUUUCAUUGCUAUUUAUGUUCAUGCAAACCCAGGAGUACAGUACAUAGCAAAAACAAGAAAACAAAAAAUGAAAAUCUUUCUUUUCUUUGUGCUCCUUCAUAACCUCAACUUCAUCAAUGGCAUAACAUUAUUAUCAGAAGAGAAAGCUUUACUAAGUAUCAAAUCUGCCAUUACUUAUGAUCCGUUUAACUCUCUCUCCUCGUGGAAAAACACAACACACCACUGUAGUUGGCCAUUCAUCACUUGCUCCUCCUCAUCUUCUGCAGUAAUUUCUCUCGACAUCUCUAACUUAAACCUCGCAGGAAUUCUCUCACCUGAUAUCGGCUCCCUCAUCCACCUACAAAACCUCUCAGUUGCAUCCAACUCUUUCUAUGGCGCAAUACCAUCUUCUCUUUCUCUCCUUACUCAACUCCGCUAUCUCAAUCUCUCGUAUAAUGACUUCACCACCUUCCCUUCUACUUUCUCCUCCCUUAAAAACUUAACCAUCCUCGACCUCUCCUAUAACCAUUUCUCUGGCAGGAUUCCUCUGGAGCUAGGAAACUUAACCAACUUAAUAUAUUUAUCUGGUGGUUUCUGCAAUUUUUCUGGGGAAAUUCCAAUGGAGUUGGGGAAACUUAAGAAACUUGAAUUUUUAAGUUUUGAUGUAAACACUCUUUCUGGGGGUUUACCCUUUGAGUUGGGGUCAAUGAAGAGUUUAAAAUAUAUGGAUUUCUUUAAUAAUAUGUUAUCUGGUGUGAUCCCAGAGUCAUAUUCCAUUCUUCAGAACAUAACCUAUUUUAAUCUUGGUGAAAACAAGUUACAUGGGAGUAUACCUGAUUUUAUCGGAGAUUUCCCGGAGUUGGAAUUCCUCUCCCAAAGCUAG